UUCACUUCCUCGUUCGCCUCAACUUCCCCUCGGCGAAAAACAAACAAAACAAUGAUGGCGACCAGUUACAACGCCAAAGACGAGGACGGGCGCGUCACCGUGUGCGGCCCCGGCGGCGGGCCGCUGCUGCGGGGCAAGAAGCCGGAAAACACCGCGUUGAAGCAGCAGCGGCUGGCCGCCUGGCAGCCCGUCCUCACCGCCGGCACCGCGCUGCCGGCCCUGUUCGCCGUCGGGCUGCUCUUCAUCCCCGUUGGCGUCGGCCUGUUCGUGACGUCGAACAACAUCCGGGAGUUAGAGAUCGACUACACGGGAGCAGACGCGUCCAGUCCCUGCUUCAGCUGCUCCCAGAGCUUCAGCUGGAACAGCACGAGGCCGUGCACCUGCACCGUCCCCUUCUACCUGGAGCAGCCGUACGAGAGCAACGUCUACGUGUAUUACGGCCUCUCCAACUUCUACCAGAAUCACCGUCGCUACGUGAAGUCGAGGGACGACGGCCAGCUGAACGGAAACGAGAAGUCCCUCACGGAGCCCAGUAAGGAGUGCGAGCCGUACGCUUACCGUGACAACGAGCCCAUCGCGCCGUGCGGCGCCAUCGCCAACAGCAUGUUCAACGAUACGCUGGAGCUGUUUUACAACGACCCCAACGGCACGAAGAUCCAGAUUCCUCUCAACGCGACCGGCAUCGCCUGGUGGACCGACAAGCACGUGAAGUUCGGGAACCCCGGAGGCAACGACCAGAACCUCAGCGCCGCCUUUCAAGGGACGACCCGGCCGGUGAACUGGCGCCGGCCCGUGUACGAGCUGGACUCGGAUCGGGGCAACAACGGCUUCGUCAACGAGGACUUCAUCGUGUGGAUGAGAACCGCCGCCCUGCCGACCUUCCGCAAACUCUACCGCAUCAUCGGCAAAAAAGACAACGUGGUUCCCACUCUGCCGCGAGGAAACUACACGCUGGAGGUCGUCUACAAUUAUCCCGUCCGCAGCUUCGAGGGCAGGAAGCGGGUGAUCCUGAGCACCAUCUCCUGGAUGGGCGGCAAGAACCCGUUCCUGGGCGUCGCGUACAUCGCCGUGGGCGCCGUCUGCUUCUUCCUGGGCGUCGUCCUGCUCGCCAUGCACCACAAGUGCGGCAACCGGAACGGCGACGGCGACAUUUCCAACUGAGGUGGGGGGGGGGGGGGGGGGGGGGGGGCGAGUGUUGGCGCGGGAACGCCCACGUCCAGGUUUUUUUUAGGGUUCAAAGUCGCCGAUCAUUUCCCAAAACGUGGAGAAGCAGCCACACGUGCACUGAUGCCGCCUCCAGACGGGAAUAUGUCCUGGGGAAGGAAGCACGUUUUUUAAUGAGAUACGUUUAGGAAUCGUUCUGAUCCGGGACGCAGGAUGUUUAACAGGAUGCUGCUGCAGUCGCACGCAGAUUAUUGCUCUGAUGUAAGAAAAUAUAAACAUAGUUAUUAUGCUGCUACGCCCGUGUAGACGUGGUUGCUCUCCUGGCUGCUCCGAGGGGAUGAAUGCCGCUCGUCUCUGAGCUCCGAGCUGGUCCCGUCAAAGUGAGCCGGUAUGGUUGUUUCCGAGUCCCGCGUUGCAUGCUGGGUAGCCGAGAUGUCUUUGUGCCUCGUCUGUGACAUCAGCCAACUGUCAAACUUCAAAAAGAUCCUGUCGAGCAGGUUCCACGUCGGAGGGAAGUGAAAACGUUUGUUGCUUAAGAGAACAAUACAAACAAGUCAUGUUUCAUUUUGUUUGUAAUUAUUUGUAUUGUUUGCAUUGUUAAGACAGUUUGAGGAACCUGAUCCAGAAAGCUGCACAUUGACGCUUCGUCGUGGCUUCAGUGUUUGUCAUCCGUGCAAUAAUAACAAUGAUAUCAACAUAUGACUCAAUACAUGUGAUUUAACAUCAAUAAUGUCUCAACAUUUACAUCUAAUACACUAGUUUUACACCAGAAUCCUGCCAUUUUUUCAGAUAUUUAGUUAAUUAAUAUGUGCUGCAUGUUUAAAUGCGCUCAGUGAAAAUGUUUCUUAUUGUUUCUUUUAAUACAUUUCAUCCAGAUACAUUGUCUCCAAUCAUUAGACAUUUAUUUUUAUACUCCAUCUGCGUUCUGUUGUUGCUUUAAGUGAAUAAAUGUGUCAAAUUAUAUUGAAACAGG